AAUAGACAUAGUUUCAGUUAUCGUUGAUAAAAUUUCGACUUUUAGCAUCGGGGCUACAUCUAUUUCACCAUCUACAUUCUCGAUAACAGGCGAGAUGCACCAAUCAACCCUAUUAUUUGCAUUGUGCUUGCUGAUAUUUGCCGAGCCUUUCUGUUCCGACGCGGAAGUAAGUCGUGGUCGCGGUCGAGGUAGAGGAAGAGGACGGGGACGAGGUAUAUGGAAAAGAAUUAUGGAAUCUGGAAACCAGUUUAAUGGAGAGAAUUCAGAUCUGAACCUUUGCGGUGAAAAGAUGAUGAGUACAGAUGGGUUGAUUCUCCCAGCUUGUUGUAACACAUUUGUGUACGAUGCCUCUCGCUAUGAAUGUAUUGAUGGAGAAAUUAUGAGGACACGAACGGUUUGAUAUUGGACAUUUACGUUAUACGCAUACGAAAUACUGUAGAAGCUCAAAAUGAUAAUCCGAAAACUAAAAUUACAUGCUCAUAACUCAAACUAAUAGAAAUAUAACAAUUAUAAAUCGAAUCGGUGGAGAAAAGAUAUUUGACAUUUUCAAACAUAAAUACUCAUACG